GGAAAGUCGGGUUGGUUUUUAAAAGAGUUGGAGAAAAUGGAUGUUUUCAAAACUAUUUUGUAAUGAAAAUUUUGACAUUAUUAGAAUGAGUAGAAUGGAAUUGAAGUAUGGAAGUAGAAUUGAAUUGAAUUGGGGUAAAGAUUGGGUCGGAGUAAUUCCUUUUUUCAAGGAUUUUGAUUAUAUAACUGAUAGGAUUUUUGGCAUUAUUGGAAUGUUUGAAGGUAUUUUCACAGUUUUUUUAAAAUUUUAUGUAGGAAAAGAAAAAUGAAGUAAGGAAUGUUUUGUGGAAAAGAGAGGAAUACCGACGCAUUCUAAUAAUGCCAAAAAUUUCAUCAUUUUACCAAUUCAACCUAUUUUUAAAUAUUUGGAAGAAUAUGAAAUAAUUUUCCUUUAUUUUUCCUAAAAACAAUAUUUUUCGGACGCUCCAUACCAAAAACGAAGGAUGAGUGUUCAUUAGAUUUCAGGCGAACGCCCAAAUGACUGUUCGAGUCCAAUUCAUUUCAACCACUCCUCUUCGUUUCGCCUCCAUCUUCAAUCUCAAUCUCCGUUCUUCUCCAUUUUCCACUUCCAGGCUCUUUUGCGAACGCCGAAACGUGAUUGGAAUGGACGAAAAAGGAUUCUUACAGCCUACUGAGACAGUUGUUGCCGAUUCCGAUUUGCUGAAGAAGAAACUCGAUGCUUUGCGUUUUUCCGGUCCGCAGAAGCUCCAGGUUAUUGCUGAUUUUGAUGCUACGCUAACGAGGUACUGGAUUGAUGGCUGCCGUGGUCAAACUAGUCAUGGUCUUCUAAAGCAGGGGAAUCCUGAAUAUGAUACUAAGAGGGAUGAACUUUAUAAAUAUUACCAUCCUUUGGAAUAUUCUCCUACAAUUUCGAGAGAAGAGAAAACCAAGCUCAUGGAAGAAUGGUGGGGCAAAAGCCAUUCACUUCUGAUUGAAGGAGGACUUACGUUUGAUGCAAUAAAGCAAUCAGUUACUGCUGCCACUAUUGCUUUUAGGGAGGGAGUGGUUGAGCUGUUUGAACUUCUAGAGGAAAAGGGUGUUCCUGUUCUAAUAUUUUCAGCAGGCCUUGCUGACAUUAUAGAGGAGGUCCUGAGGCAGAAACUUCACAGAUCUUUUAAAAAUAUUAGGAUCGUUUCAAAUAGAAUGGUGUUUGAUGAUAAUGGUUGCCUUGUAUCAUUUAAGGGCAAGACGAUUCAUAGUCUAAAUAAAAAUGAGCAUGCUCUUGAUAUGGCUGCUCCUCUGCAUGACCAAUUGGGUGAUGUAGAUGGCACAAUUAAUGACAGCGCCUCUGUAAGAAAACGGACAAAUGUACUUCUUCUUGGUGACCACAUUGGGGAUUUAGGGAUGUCAGACGGUUUAAACUAUGACACUCGGAUAUCCGUGGGGUUUUUGAAUGACAACAUCGAGAACUCUCUUGAUAGCUAUCGUAAUGCUUUUGAUGUUGUUUACCUGAAUGAUGCAUCCAUGCUGGGAGUAGUUAAACUUGUACGUCAGCUCUUUCCCGUUUGAGGUGUCUGAUGGACAGAUCUCUUUUGUAUAGUUAAUGAAGGUGAUCACUUACAAUUCUGAACAUGAAUAUCGUUCUCCUUUCUGGUAGCUGAGUGACAAUACUCAUUGCUUUUACUUAGCAUUCUUUAGUAGAGUAGUUGAAUAAGGAGCCAGGCAUUUGAAUGUGAACCUGAGAAAUUAAUUUCUUGACGUAGGGUUUCUCUGCUGACAAUGGAUGCUUUUUGGUGGUCACUCAUCAUUAUUGGUUAAUCAUUUAAAGUUCCUUGUUUCAUCACAAUUCUCAAAUUUGACAUGAGAUAAAAAUGAUUAAAUCCUAUCUACUUUUGAAUAA